CUGAAAUUUGACUUACGAGGAGAAACUCGGAGAAGCUAGUUGUAAAUUACCAACAUAGUUUGAUUUACAAAUCAGACGAAAGGAAAAUGUUGCAACGUUUCUUCGUUAUUUUCUUAGGAGUAUUUAUUGCUUCAGUUGAGAGCGUAUGUCCGGACGGUUACUGCCGCCACUCGGACGGCUGCUUCAGAACCGUUGGCCUCAACGUCACUUGGAUUGACGCCAAGUCGUACUGCACCGUGCUUGGGGGUGUUCUUUUGUCUCCAACAUCGAGUGCAAGUCAGGCGACGGCAGAGGGCGCUCUCAGGAGGUCGAAAGAUGCAAUUCACCCCGGCAAGUAUUGGCUUGACAUCACCGACCUCCUGAAUCCGACUGAAUGGAAAACAAUGAGCGACACACAAGCGCUUGUUUACAGCAACUGGGCUUCCAGCAGUCACGCAAAUGAGGACAACACCAAAAACUGCGUCUACAUGUCGCUGGAAAAUGACUUCGAAUGGGCGAUUGCCGCAUGCUCUGAGAAGAUGAACUUUGUCUGCUUCCAUGCAGGAUUACCCCCUACUACCGAGAGAGUGUUCGUCCGCAGUACUCGAGUAUACAGAGGCUACCGUCAUGAAUGGGAAUCUAUCUACGAAACCAGAGUAGUGGACCAUAAUGACGUAGACUGCUGAACUUAAAACGACUGACGCAUGUAACAAAUAUUAAUAUUGGGUCGCAUCCUACUCAACAUUCUAUUUGCUGUAUAUGUAAAUUGUGUAUCCACGCUAUAUUGUCCUUGUUAUCGCAUUUACUAUUUGCAAAAUAUAAUUUGAAACUUU